AUGUGUAUUAAUUCAUUUAGAAAUAUUAGAAAAAAAAAUCAAUCUGAUUCUAUUCUUAUUACAUUUAAUUGUGGUAAAGAUAUAAAAGUAUCAAUAACUACUACAAAUCUUGUUAUAAAUCAAGAUCAAUGUUUAAACUAUGCUCAAAUUCAAUCAUCAUCAAUAUCAGCACAAUUCAUUUAUAAUCAAAUUGCAAAUUGUUUAAAUUCAACGAAUUAA